UAUUUGUGCAAUGUAUCACAUGACACAUUCUAAAAAAAUAAAGGUUUUUAGCCUGCGGACGAAAUAUAAAGUAUCUUUUUGAUGGAAGAUUGUUCUGAAGUUGGGAAGUAAUGUAUAAUUAAAGCGAUGACAACUUGACAUGCAGUGAACAGAAUGGCUCUGCAAAGCUUGAACAAUUCAGUCUAUACAUAUCAGUCAUCAAUUCACAGUUCCAAUGUUCUAAAUCAUCUCAAUAAUCAAAGACAACAAGGCAUUCUUUGUGAUAUGACUGUAAUGGUGGAAGAUCAGUUCUUUCAUGCUCAUUGUUCAGUGCUUGCUGCAUGCAGUGAUUAUUUUCAUGCAAGACUUAUAGGACGAGAUGGACCCGUAUUUACUAUGGCUCUUCCAAAAGAGGUUACUGCUAAAGGAUUUAGUUCAUUGCUUGAUUUUGCAUAUACUGCCAAAUUAAUUUUAACCAAAGAAAGUAUAUUGGAAAUCCAAACAUGUGCUGAUUUCCUUGGGUUCCAUAACUUAGAGAAAACAUGCUUCAGUUUUCUUAAUUCAAAAUUUUUUCAGACUGAAACAGACUUUGAGAAUAAUAGUGAAAAAAAAUGCCCUAGGUCAAAGUACUGGAAGUCCAAAACUCAGACGGUUUUUGAAGAGUCUAUGCUUUUGGAUGUUAACUUUGGCCUUGUAGAUGAUGAUUGUUCUAGUGCUCUUGGUUCUAAUGUGCUUGAUAAAGAGGCAAGUUUGAUUACCAGAGAGAUUAAUACGCACACUCUGUCCACUUCACUGAGUUCCAUUUACAAGAAGAUUCAGAAUCAUUCAGAAGAAAAUCAGGUAACACAGAUUGAAGAAUGUGCUGACAAAGGUCAAAGUUUUGACGGCAUAGAUAAAGAAAGUGGGCGCAAUAACUUUGAAAUGAAUAAGAUCAAUUAUGAAGAAACAAAAAAAUGUACCUCUCAAGAUGCAGGCAAUAACAAUGUCUGUUAUCCUUGUACUAACACGCUUUCUGGAAAACCUGCCCUGUUUAACCCCUUGCAAAGUAAAACCAUUUCUCUUCAGAGUCCAGAGAAGAAGAAAGUUUUAGAAGGCUAUAGCACAAAGAAUAACAACACCUCUCUUUUUGGAGCAAAAAAAAUAGAAAACAUUCUAGACAUUCCUACUACUUCUGAAAGCAUUCAGGAGGGAAACCUAAAUAUCAGUGCUGGAAGUAGCAGGGAAAGGGAAGUAUCACAACAUCUGGCUAUGGAAGUUUGGAAUGAACUGAGUACAGCCCAUGAAGAAGAAGGUCAGACUUUGCCUGUACAGAUCUCUUCAGAGAAACUCACUGAAUGCCCCUGGUUAUCCAUAAACAUAAAUGAAACUUGCAAAUCAUACUCCAAUAUCCAUGCAAAGGAAACAGAGUGCCCCUUCUUAAAUGAUUUAAAUAAUCAAUCAUACCUAAUAAACUCAAAGGAGCAAUAUAAAGAAUGUGAACUAGAAGGAUCACAAUUGAUGAAAAGUCCAAACAUCUCUUCGUUAAAUUCUGAAGAUGAAUCUGAUUUUGACACUGAGGGAGACAAUGAAUCUUGCACAAGAGAGCAAACAUAUGAGAUAGAGCUACCUUUUCCUGUGGAAAAUAUUGCCUCUGUUGCUAGAAAUGAAUUUCAGCAGAUGAUAAAAAAAUACUGCUUAUCUCAGGAACAACUGGAUUUUAUACAUGAUAUCCGUCGACGAAGCAAAAAUCGAAUUGCUGCACAACGCUGUCGUAAAAGAAAGCUAGACUGCAUUCAGUAUUUAAAAUGUGAAAUUGAUAGACUGAAAAAUGAAAAGAAGAAGAUGCUGUUUGAAAGUAACCAGUUAAAAAUAAACAUUGAAGAAAUAAAGCACAAUCUUUCUGGUCUUUGCCAUAAGAUAUGCAGUGAAGCUGCUCUUAAACCUGACCAAAUCAGUGUUCUUGCCAAAUAUUCUUCUCCAGAAUGUCCGCUUUCUUCCCUGAUGACAGAAGGAAAGGAUAUCAAUGAAUGUGAUCUUCUGGUAUCUUCUAUUAAGGACUUUCCUGUAGAUACUUUAGUUGUAGGCUUUACAGAAGAGUCUAAAGUUUAGUCUAUUAAUGAUGAUUGUACAACAAAUCUCAAUCGUUUAUUUUCAGGGAUACACAACAAAUUCUUAUAACAAUAAAAAACAAAAUUAUGCCAAAAAUAUGAGAGUUUUAUGAGGAAGCAGAUAUUUGACAUUAUUGACCUGAAUCUUUUAUAAUAAGCAUUAGAUUCUCACAGAAGAUAUACUGUAUAUGUAAUAUAAGGAACAAAAAGUUAAAAAAUUUUUCCACAUUGAAAAGCAAUGAAGCUAAAAGACAACAUUUCAGCAGUAUAGUCUUCAUCAUGUUUACAACUGGAAUAUUGUGGUCUUUUACCUUCUUUCCCAUUCGUCAUGGUUUUACAUUUUUAUACUUGGCAGAUGUAUGCUGUUAUAGUCUUUCACUAUCUCUAUAUGUAAUGUAUUUGUGUUCCAUGUAUUUUUAAAUGUAUAUACAGUAGUUUUCAAGCCAACAUUCAAAAUAGGUAAUCAGACAGCAUCACACAGAAUAUAACAUUCAGUACUUAGUAGCUACUAGCAGUUUUAAUUAUGCUACAGUCAUCUAACCUUUGCACAAGUCGACUUGCGAAUGGUGUACAAAUGCAACUUCCAACAAAAAUAUUUAGUAGUUAUAUGUCAAGAUACAUUAUGGUGGUUUUUCAAGAGUCAACCGUCUUCCAUGUGCCAUCAAAAUAUUUUUGAUGCAAGAUGCUAGGAGCACAUUGUGUAUAUCAGUGGGAUUAAUCCACUAUGUCAUCAAAGCAAAUGCUGUACAAACCUAAAUUUUCAUAUGCUGAAUGUAUGCACAUUAUCAUUUAAUGGCUUUAAUAAGCCUACCCUUGAAAGCAUGCAGGCACGCCCUCCAAUAUGUUUUCAUGAUUCUGAAAGACACUUUCAUUAUUUUGCCAUUUUAGUUUUUCUUACUUUAGUUUAUUAAUAUAUUGUGGUGAUACAAUUUGCUAAUGAACUUUCAUAAAAAAAUUAUAAGUUAUUAUCUUUCUUAACACUAGAAUCCCUGAAGUUUACAUUUUUUUUUCAUUGUCCCAGACCUCCUUAAAUUUUCCUGACAAACGCCAAAAACCUCAUAGUUCCUUAUCACUGCGCUAAUAGCUUGCUUUUGUUUUGUAAAUGUGUAAAUGCUACACCCAUCUCCCACCCCUGUUCAGUCAGAUGAAGGCAUCACCAGGCUGCAAACAUCACAGUUCAAGUCUGUAUUGAAGUGUUUAUCUGAUGAUUUGUAAGGAAUUAUGUAGGUAAUGAAAUACAAUAAGAAGAGAAAAUGUUUUCUUAUGUUACAUUAUAAUGUUGACGUGAAGUGUAGAAUGUGUGGAGACUGAACCCCAAAUAUCCAAUAAACACUUUCACAAAAGAUGUAACAAAAUAAAUAUGCUUUUACUCAAGAAUAAAAGUGAAGAAAAAGAAGCUGAUCAAUUGACAUGUUGCUAAAAGCCCAGCUAUCUGUCAGUACAAAGUAAAGGAUGUUCACAUAUAUGUGUGUUUGCACUUUUCAUUUUCAACCAGUUGUCACAGUAGUAAUGCUAUUCUGUCUCAGAUGGCGCAGUGGAAAAGCCACUACUUAGCAACCUCAAGGUAAUAGGUUCGAAUCUUGCAUCGUCCUUACAUUUAGCGCUUUGAGUAGUGAGCUGCUAUUAUUUUCACAUAAUAAAAACAUAUAUUUGAUGUGAGUCUGUAACAUCCUGCAUAAAGUUAUGGUACUUGUAAAAGUUAGCACUGAAGGGAUAAAAGCAGACAUACAAAUGCAGCCCAAUCAUUUCUUCUUGGUGUCUUGUUGAGCAAACAGACACCACAAUGUCUAUGGUGAAUGUUACUUUUCCUCGCACACAGACAUUCACAUCAACAUGUCAUUUGAACAAUUUUUUUACUCAGUUUUAUUCAAGAAUCCAAGAAUAAAAUUGAAUUAAAAAAUAGUUCAAAUUCAGUUUUAUUCAAGAAUCCAAGAAUAAAACUGAAUAAAAAAAAUGAGAAACUGUUGAAGUGAAGUGUGUAAUGUGUGAAUCAAAAAAGAAAAAUUGCACAUAAAGUAGAGUCUUAACAGCCUAUGUAAAGUUAUGGUACUUAUAAAAGUUAGCAUUUUCUUUUAUUCGGUUUUAUUGUCUCAGUCACGUUCACAUUGCCUCGAUCUGACACUGUUAGUUUUCAGAUAGAGACGUGAAUUAACGAAGUUACUUUUUGUGAAAGUGUUUAUUUGAUAUUUGGACUUCAGUCUUCACACAUUACACACUUCACGUCAACAUUUUGUCAUUAUUACUAUAAUAUAUGAAAAAUGUUCUGUUUUAGUUAUGUGUUCAACAUUUCUUGCCUAGCAAAAAACGGCAUACUACAUUUACACAGAUUAUUGUAGACAUGGAACAGACAUGCAACCUGCGUAUAUCAAAUAACAAUGUAUUAUUUUCCUAUACAAUUCCAGACAUCUCACUCACAGAUAAACAGACUUCAGCUGCCUUGGUAGGGGAUAGGAUAGCAGGCUGCCUGCCCACAGCCGAUUGACACAUUUGCAAAAUAAAGGUGUUAUUAGCUUAGUGAUGAGGAGUUGCGAGUAAAAUUAAGGUGGCCCAGCAUUAUGAAUAUUUUUGCAGGUUUCAGGGAUCCUAAAAAUAUUACAAUGGAAUGGUUUUAACUGUUUCUGUUGUGUAGCACAUCAAAUGCUUAUUGAUACAGAAAUACUUUUAUGUGUGUCAAUAAUGUCAAUAAUCCCAAAAAUAAACAUUCAUCUAUAAAUAUUCUAACAAAAACAAACAGCCACCUAUAAAUUUGUAUUUUAUAACCCUACAUUUACUCUAAUCUCAGUAUCAGAAAGCAUUAUUAUUUCCGAAAAUGAGCCAUGCAGUGAUUUUGCAAAUGCAUUUAAAAUGUAUAGUUUCCCACUUGUAUACUUGUUUAGUUGAUAUUAGAUUUGGUAACAAAUCCUAAGUAGUGCGACUAUUGGCAUUGAGUGGAUCUUUAUUUUCUAUUUUGUUUUUCAACAAUGCAAAAAUCUACUUAAAUAUAAUUUAUUUAUUUAGUGUCUCUUAAUGUCUGCUUCUUGAUUGGGUACUACUUUUAAUGGUUUGUAAAUAUUUUUCCUUGGAAUCUUCUCAGCUGAAGGGUUUUUUUAAAUAAAAUUACAAAAUAUAAAAAAUAUCAUAAUAAAAUCUUCAGUAGCAUUCAAUAAAUUUACUGCCACCAUAGCAUAUUGACAAUCAAUAAAUCAAGCAAUACUGGUCUGGAGGGUGACUGCUUAUGUAAAUAUCGGACUUAGUUAUCAUGUCAUUCAUGAAGAAUAUGACAAAUACACAUGGAGCAGAUGUCAUGUUUCAAUGUAGAAUGACUGUUUACAAAAGAAACAUGGUAAGUUUUUCAUAAAUAUAAACAUAAAAAGACUUUUUGUUUCUUUCUAAAACUAUAUUGAUACAUUUUUACUGAAUUACUACUUAAAUUUGUUUCAGUAAUAAAGUUAUAAUUCAUUUUACAUUCAUUAUUUUUUUAUAGUAUUUAACUAAAAAUGUAAUAUUUUUUUAAAAUAAAAGCCAUAUGUAAAGUAACGUUCAAUUGCAGAUUGUAAUAACAUAGACUUGCAGGAUUUUUGGGUCAUGUAUUUCACAUUUUAGAUGCUUUUGUCUGCCAACAGUCAUUUUGUGAUUUUAGCCUUCUUCAAAUUUUUGAUAAUAAUAAUAUGAUUUGGUAUAUACUGUAUAUGUUUAGACACAUAUACAUAAUUUUCAGACAUGUAAUGUAUACAGCCACAAAAGUAUUCAGUCCCUUGAUCAAUUCUCUAAUUUACUGAAUAACAUAUCCUACAUUGAAAUUUUGCCUUGUGACAUUUUUAUAUAAUAUCACUGAAUCUCACAAUUUUAAUCUGAUGUUGUUUAUGCAUGAAAACAUUUAAGAAAAACAUGUUUGUAUGUGUAUUAUUUUUUGGCUCAUCUAAUUUGUCUUUUCUCAAUAAGAUCUUUGACUUUAUUAAUGCUGCACUGAUUUCCUUGGCUAAUAUGCCAUUAGUAUGAUUUUUUAAAUGAAUUAGAACCUGACUGGACAUUAGUAAUUCAAAGAGUUUUUGUGUGUAAUCACAAGCUUGGUUUUUCUUAUAGUUGGUGGUUAUGUUGUUUGGUAGUGAUAAGCAAGCUAAUAUCAAAGUGAAAAUAGAUCUCUGCAAAGUGGUCUAAAUUAAUGACAAAUAUAAAACAUAAAAUAAUUGAUCACACAAGUAUGCCACCUUGCAGACCCCCGUGAACCUGUAGUUAGGAUAUAGCAGGUUGGAUAAUGGAUGGAUGGAAGUAUUCCACCGUUAAGUCAGUGUUUAGCAGAUGCACCUUUGGCAGAAAUUCCAGCUUUGAAUCUGUGUGGACAGGUUUUUAGGCAGUGUAGUUUUUCCCCAUUCUUCUUUGUGUAACUGCUCAAACUCUGUCAGGUUACAUGGGAAUGGUGAGUGAACAGCCUUUAUCAAGUUCAGCCACAAAUUCUCAAUUAGAGUGUGGUCUGGACUUUGCCACUCCAGGAUAUUAAAAUUGUUGUUUAUAAGCCAUUCCUUUGUAGAUUUGGCUUUAUGCUUGGGGUCAUUGUUUUGUGCAAAAGUCUGGUUUUCAUCCAGGAUACCCUGUAUUUUGCUGCAUUCAUUUUACACUCACAAGCCCUCCAGGGACUACUGCAGAGAAGCAUCCCAACAGCAUGAAGAUGCUACUGUCAUGCUUUGCAGUAGGGAUGGUAUGUUUUUGAUAAAAUACAAUUUAAUUUUGGAUCAUCAGACCACAGAACCUAUUUUCAGCUGACUUCAGGGUCUGCCUUGAGCCUUAAGGCAAACUCUAGCCAAGAUGUCAUGAGCUCUUUUUUUUAACAGUGGCUUUCUCUUUCUCACUCUGCAAUGAAGCUGUGACUGGUGAAGCACCCAAGCAACAGAUGUAUGCAUAGUCUCUCCAAUUUUAGUCACUAUUGCUUAUAACUCCUUCAGAGUUGUCAUAGAUCUCUUGUUGGCCUUUCAGAAUCACUCUGUUUUUGUGGAUAGACUAAUUUAGGCUGGUUUACAUCAGUACCAUACUCUUUCCCUUUCUUAAAGAUUGAUUUAACAGUACUUAAAGGGACAUUCAGUGACUUGGAUUAUUUUUUUAUAUUCAUCUUCUGACUUGUGAUCUUUUCUCAUGGAUGCUUUAUUGUUGUGUAGGUUAGGCCACAAUAUUGAAUACACACAAGUUUGACCUUCCAGAUACGGGUACAUUUAUACUACAGUCAAUUGAACCCUUGACUAAAGAUAUAUUAUCUCCAUUUUACUAACCAACCAGCUGCACCAUUCAUAAUCUAAGGGGGUGAAUAUGUAAUGUGAUCAGUUACUUUGAAAAGAGAGGGUGAAAACUUUUUAUAGCCACUGUAUGUGAGUUUGCAGCAAUUAAAAUUUAAAAAAUUAAGUACCUGUUAUUUUAACCCUUCCUCUUUUUCAUUGAAUCUUUCAUUUCCAACAUUAUUGUGCAUAAAUAAUUACCUUUUCCACCUGUACUUAUUAAAUGCCAUUUAACCAUUUUUGUUUGAUAUAUACAAACCCUUUACAUAAAUGUUCAUUGUGAGAUUAUUAUGAAUGUAAGAUGUGCAAGACAUCAUAAUAAAAGUAACUUAAAAAUU